AUGCAGCUGCGCUGGAGCGGCCACCUGGUGCGCAUGGACGACGAGCGACUUCCCAAACGACUCUUCUACGGAGACAUCGCGACGGGUUCUCGUCGUCAAGGAGGCCAAAUUCGCCGUUCCAAGGAUACCUUGAAGUUCUCCCUGAAGCGCCUGCAAAUCAACCCUACCAACUGGGAAGAGCUCGCCCGCCAUCGUCCGACAUGGAGGAGAACAGUGAAGACGGGCGCUGCGAUCUACGAAGCCAACCGCAUCGCUGCCGCCAAAGCGAAACGCGAAGCCCGCAAAUCACAACUUCGCCCAGUACGCAACGCCGCUGCACCACUGCUUCCAACGUGUCCUCGAUGUCAACGGACAUUCCGUGCUCGAAUCGGACUUGUUGGACAUCUUCGGAUUAACUGCGCCUCUCGAACGGCACCAACCAUCGUCCCCCCGCCCGCCUCUUCCUCGUCCUCUCUGCCGCCAACUAACUCUGACAAUUCUUCUGAACCACCACUUCCAUCCUCCUCCUCGUCGUCCUCCUCCUCCUCCCUCUCCAGUGCCCCAGCGGCGGCCGUUCAGACUGCCGUCUCACACAUCACCAACCCCAACACAACAACCACCACCACCCGCACCUCUCCCGAUCCCAGUGAUGAAGAUCAGGACUACACAUGCCCUCACUGCGACCGCACCUUCACCUCUCGCAUCGGCCUGGUCGGUCACUUGCGAAUCCAUCGCACAGCGACUGGCGAACCAGUGCCUGGAGCACCAACCUACUCCCAGCGCACUCGCCUCCACUGCCCACACUGCCCUCGCACCUUCAGGCAUCGCAUGGGCCUAUUCGGCCACAUGCGCAUCCACGAGAGCGGAAUUGACCGCAACUCCGACACACUCACGACACCCAGCACAUCCACCAGGCCCAGUCCCACCCUCGCUCCAUUGCCCUGCGCGCCCAUCGCCACCAGCACCACUGCUUCCUCUACAGCUGACACCGACACCGCCGACCUCUCAUGCCCACAUUGUCCACGCACCUUCACCUCACGCAUCGGCCUGAUCGGUCACUUGCAAAUCCAUCGCACAGAGACUGGCGAACCAGUGCCUGGAGCACCAACCUACACCCACCGCACUCGCCUCCACUGCCCACACUGCCCUCGCACCUUCACGCAUCGCAUGGGUCUAUUCGGCCACAUGCGCAUCCACGACGACCUGCGGUAG